UUGACACUUCGUUUCGUGUACGAAAUUAAUGUAUUUACAUCGUGAUUCCGAUGCUACAAAUAGAAAAACUAAGAAAAUACUUUUGAUAUUCGUUGGAAGUUGAUUUUGUGGUGUGAAACCUAAUUGUGUACCUUCAGUGAAAUCUAUUGAUAUCAUAAUGCAACUUUACAUUGUUUUAUUUUGAUUUAAGUGCAUAUCAGCAAACUUUAGAAAAACUUCUGGAGUUUUUGAGAACCUGCGAAAUAAAUUGCUUCGUGAAGUUUCCAUGGUUUUUACAGCGAAAUGGACGAUUUUAGUAACACUGGUGACACACCGAACUCCGAACAGUAGAGCGCCGAUCGCGGCGAGGCGCCGAAGCUGGCGCGUGUUAUGACGAGAUAUAGCGACGUCAGGAACCCUCACCAGGCGGGGGGGUAUGAGGUGACAGUGGGCGCGGGCGCGGCGACGAGCGCAAGCGCCGUGGCUGUGCCGGCGGGCGCCGCGAACGGUGGCGCGUGCACCGGCGAAAGCGCUAUGGUUGGCGCCCAUCAGCCUGUGCAUCAUCAGGGGCACAUGGCGGGGGACCACCACGAGUCCCGUAAGAGGAAGCCGUACAGCUCUGAGGAAUACGGGAUGUCAGCGCCACCGUCGUUGCCCGCAGCCAGUGCAACGCGCAAGCGGAAAUCUUCCUCAUACGCCGCUAGCAGUGCCUAUGAUGACGACGGCGAAGAUGCGCGCUCUACACGCACCCUGCCUGAUAAGAAGCAAAACCACAGCGAGAUUGAAAAGCGUCGCCGCGACAAGAUGAACACUUACAUAACUGAACUGAGCUCAAUGGUGCCAAUGUGCGGGGCCAUGGCCCGGAAACUGGACAAGCUGACCGUUCUGAGGAUGGCAGUACAGCAUCUAAGGUCUCUCAGGGGUGCCCUGUCCGCCUGCCCGCUCACAGCGCGGCCCCGCCCGGCUUUUCUGUCGGAGAGAGAACUAAACGCAUUGAUUCUCCACGCGGCACACGAUUGCUUCUUGCUAGUAGUUGGUUGCGAUCGGGGAAGGUUGCUGUAUGUCUCCGCUUCGGUUAGCAAGAUGCUGCAUUAUGAACAGUCUGAAUUACUCGGGCAGAGCCUGUUUGAUAUACUACAUCCAAAGGAUGUGGCGAAGGUCAAGGAGCAGCUAUCAUCAUCAGAUCUCAGUCCUCGGGAGCGCCUAAUUGACGCUAAAACAAUGUUACCCGUGAAAGCGGAUGUAGUAGCCGGCGCGGCCCGACUUUGCCCGGGGGCUCGUCGCUCGUUCUUCUGCCGCAUCAAGUGCCGGGUGCAGCCCGAGCCGCCAGCGGAGCCCGACCCGGCGCCCGUGAAGGAGGAGGGCGAACCACAAACAAAUAUGAGGAAGAAGAACCAUGAGAAGAAGUACUGUGUCGUGCAGUGCACGGGUUACCUAAAAUCGUGGGCGCCAGCGGAGAUGUGCGAGGGCGGCGGCACACCAGAAGGAGGGGAGGACGGCGAGAAUUGCAACCUGUCAUGUUUGGUGGCUGUCGGUCGAGCAUUGACCGACUUGGUGCCUCAGCCGCCGCGACCAAUGCCAGGUCCCGUCGCUCCCCCCACCAGGAGUCUGCAGUACGUGUCAAGACACGCUACCGAUGGAAAGUUCUUGUUCGUGGAUCAAAGGGUGACAUUAGCACUUGGUUUCCUACCGCAAGAGCUACUAGGUACGAGCCUCUACGAGUAUGUAUCUGGCAGCGAGUUGGGAGUCGUUGCGAGAACCCACAAGGCGGCGUUGCUUCACCGCGGCGCUUUGCAUACCCCGCCGUAUUCCUUCAGGAGGAAAGAUGGCACACAUGCGAGGAUACAGACGCAUUUUAAGCCUUUCAGAAACCCAUGGACGAAAGACGUGGAAUGCCUCGUGGCGAACAACACCAUGGUCCUGGACUCGCACGAGACAAACGCAGACCAACCCGCGCACGCCUCCUUCGACAUCUUCAGACAAACUGAAAGCGAGGCCGCGGCGGAGGUUGAACGCGUGCUGGUUUCAGAGACGGAUGCUGAAGUCCAGAGGCUGAUCAACUCGCAAGUGGAAUCCCACAAGAUAGGCAGCGCCAUAGCCGAGGAAGCCCUGAGGUGCUCGUCGACGGAGUUCUCGCCGGACCUGCCGACCGAUUUGAUGCAAGACGCCGUGUUCAACCAACAGUGCUUCAUCGACUCGCACGCGAGCAACAAGAUGGAUGGCGUCGCCGAAGCGAAGAUGGUCCACUCCUCGCUGGAGUUGUCGCCCGACUUGUCGUCCAAUUUGUUGCAAGACCAUUUGCUUAGUGAACACGAUCAGUCGCUGGUGGACAACAUCCUUGGUGCGGAGCCCUGCGCCUUCGGUCUGAGCAGCCAGGUGCGCAACAACGUUUCGCUCAGUUCCGUCGCGCACAACUCGCCCCCCCACCAUCAGAGCGCAGCCAACGGCCCGUCCAUGGGGGGCACUCCACCGCCUGCCAGCCCCCCAUUGCCGCCUCUAGGACUAGACGGCAAUGGCGAAGCGGCCAUGGCAGUCAUCAUGAGCCUUCUGGAAGCCGACGCAGGCCUCGGAGGACCUGUCAACUUCUCCGGCCUGCCCUGGCCCUUGCCCUAAACAAGCAGAAAUCCUAAGGUCCAUAUUACCAAUUCCGUUGGUCUAAAUACCACUUUAGAAAUGUAAUUUUAAAUCAGGUGCGUAAACUCGCCCGCCUGUACUGCGUUUGUACUCCUGUACUCCGUAUUAUAUUAAAGUGUUAGAUAACCAUUCCGUAAAGAUUCAGAAUCUUUUAGAUCAAAACGUAUACAUUAAAUAUUUUAGUAUUACCUUGUUGUAAACUAAAACACAUUGAUUGCUGUUACUUUUGAGAAACUAUUAUCUCCAUAAAUGUUGUAUCAAAUCUAGCGAUGUUGAUUAUUAGAAAUUAUGCGUAUUUCUUAUUCUCUCAUAGAUAAUAAUAGAUUAUCUAAUAGUAAUUUCAUGUCUCUUAUCUUCUUUCGUGUUUGUAGUAUACAGCUCAACUACGUUAGUAAAAAAUAAAUAACGGUACUGUAUAUCCCUAUUCAGGCGGGUUAAUUGUAAAGCAAUAGGCAUGAUGAAAAACAAUAGCUUGCGUAUCCUGGUAACAUAUUUUUGACGUUGGAAAAGUGAGAAAGGUGCUACUAAGUUUUAAAAAGAUGUGAUGCUGAUCUGGCAUUAUAAAACGAAAUGUUGAUAGAUAUUCACCUAAUAAUCCUUGUCUAAAAUCUAUGGUCCUGGGCUUUUAUUAUUACUCGUAUACUUUCCAAGCAUAUUGUUUUAAAAACGCACAAAAUCAAAUUACUUAAAAUGGAUUCUCUUAAAUUAAUUUAUUGAAAAAUAUUUCAGUAGACAUCAUGCCUAUACAUUUGAGUGGUUUUAGAACACUUUGAUAGAUAUGCCAAUAAAUCAAAUAGGUACCUACGAGAUAAUCUCCAUAGACUAUGUUAGAUAAGCCGAAGACGGCCUAAUUUAUUAUUUAUUUUAUAAGGACAUUAAUUUCAUAACUUCAAAGUUCAUUUGGGGCAAAAGAAAAAUGUGUCUAAACUUGUUUUAUUUUUACUAAACUCCAUUUUCGGAUCAAAAUAUAUAAAAACUCAAUGUGACAAAAGAUAGGUAAUUGUAAAAACCCUCGCUUUUAUUUCGCCUUUCAUUUAAAAUCUAAGAAAAUAAGAUGACUUUGUGAUAUUUUAUUACGUUACUUGUUUUGACUAAAUUUAUCUCUUGUGGGAUUUAAUAUUUUAGUGGACGAUAGCAAUUUUUAUGCAGUUUUAAUAUUUUUUAUUGUUUAAGUCGAAAUUGUGUUGUCAUUUCAUGUUGUAUUUUACCAUUACAUUUAAUUAUUUUUUAGUAAAUAUUACAAUUAAAUGUUACUUUAUCUAUCAUAGCUCCCAAAAUUAAUUUUGCAAUAUCUACACAAUAUUAUUUUUAGAUUUUGAAGAAUGCUUUUUGCACCCUCAAUCAAAUCAAAUUAAGUAGUUGAUUUUUAAAGCCCUUGUUUGAGCAUGAUUAAAAAAACGAGAAGUCGUUUUAUCAGGAAAUUUAUGGUUAUUUAAAGCAGACACAUAAAAACAUAAUGUGGAAACACUAUUCAUGGGUGAAGGUACUUGUGGUAAAUUAUAAUUUACGAAGAUCCAUAAUUGUUACCAGUCAGUGUUCUAAUAUGAAGGUCUCAUUUUGUGUAGUGUAUUGAAGUCUCAUCUUGUGUGUAUUUAUAAGUAUAUACAUACAAUCAUGUCUUAUCAUAUCUCUUGCGGGGUAGAAAAAGCCAGAAGUCUUGAAAAGACUGAUAGGCCACAUACAGUUGUAUACCCUAUAAUAUAAAAAAAAACAGUGCAUCUUUGUCAUAGUUUUCAUUUUGAUAUCCCAAACAUGCCGUUAUAAACGAAUUAUAUCAUAAUUGUUUCGUAAUAUUGUUGUAUAUUUUUGUUUUCACAUUGAUGACUUUAUAGUACAGUUAUAUUUACUAUGUUAUUUUUAUUAAAAUAAAGUUUGUGGAUAUUGUGUUUCAUUUA